AUGGUGGCUCGUAUUCAAACCGCCGAACAGAUUCGUGAUGAGGGAAAUGAUGCGAUCAAAAGUCAAGAAUACGUCAAGGCCGAUGAGUUGUGAGUAUCACUAAGUGAAAAGAAAGAGCCAAAUCGAUAAAUUGCAGGUACACUGAAGCACUUCAGAUGACGACGGACAACGACAAGGUUAUUCGUCCGGUGCUCUACAGAAAUCGCGCUCUGGCUCGUCUCAAACGUGAAGAUUAUGAAGGAGCACAGACUGACUGCACGAAAGGUGAGAAAAAGCUCCGAAAUUAAACUGAAACGCCGUGUUUCAGCGCUGGAAUUCGAUGGCGCCGACGUGAAAGCGUUGUUCCGACGAGCGCUCGCUCGUGAACAGCUCGGAAAUGUUGGUCCCGCUUUCACGGACGCCAAAGAAGCUUUGAGACUCGCGCCACAAGACAAGUAGGCUUUGAAAGCCAAGAAAACCGGUUGAAAAUCGAUAAAUUGUUCAGAGGAAUCGUGGAAGUUCUUCAACGACUCGUCAAAGCCAACAGCGAGCAGCUGAAGAAAACGACUUCGUUGUCAAACAAAGUAACCUGUUUUCUAGUCAAAAUUGUAUAAAACAUUGAUGUUUUCAGGUGAGCGACAUGGAAAAGUUGGCGUUCCGCGGAGAGGCGAAGAGUGCGGAACAGAAGCAGACGGCGCUGAACAACUUGCUCGUUUUGUGCAGAGAAUCCGAGAGCGGAGCCACGGCCGUUUGGAAUAAUGUGGGAUCAUAACGGCUUUUUUCAGAUUUCAUUCAACUUAUUCGGUUGCAGGGUGCGAUAGUUCCGUUCGUGCUCAAUCUGGUGAACGACAAAGAGGAGAGCGAAAAAGUCGUCGUCACGGCCGUCAGAAUCCUCGACGAAACUAUCAAGAACCACGCGAGAAGUCUGAAAUUCCUGGCGAUGCACGAUGCGGACGGAAUAAAAUCAGUGCGAUUCGUGUGUCGAUUCAUGUGCAAAAGAUCUUACAAAGAUUUCGUCGACGCCGCCGGAAUCAUCGUUCAGCGUGUCUUUAACGCGUUAGCCAAAAUGGAUCGACAGAAGGAGAUGAAGCCGGAUCCGGAAGUGGCAGAAGCCAACAAAGUGUGGAUCAUUCGGGUGCUUCUGGAGCUUCAGGACAUGCUCCAAGACCGAAACGUUGGAAUUCUGGCGAGAGAGACCGUCAUCGACUUGUUCCUCAAGAAUCUGAUGCAUAUGGACGGCGGAAUUCCGCGUGGAUGGUCGUGGAAGUUUGUCGAAGAUCGCGGACUUUUGACGCUUUUAGACGUGGCCAGUCAGAUUCCGGAGCAGUGCGAUUAUCCAGUCUCUGCGGAGACUCGGCAGCACGUGGCAAUCUGUCUGCAGAGACUGGAAGAGGACAUGGUGUUCGACACGAAACGGACGAUAUUCAAGGAGCGAGUUGACUACUUUUUCAAGUGAGUUUGCGGAAAGCACGCGUCUGAUUUCUAACCGAACACUUUCAGUUCUCUGAUGGCGGUCGCCAGCGACGACGAGGAAGGCCACAAGAACCGCAUAAAACUGGCGGCGUUCCUGGUCACAAUGCUCCAAGGACCGGUCGAUAUCGGCCUGAACCUGAUCACUAACGACCAGUUGACCGUCGUUAUGCUCCAGAUGGCCUCUUCUGAGAACAUUCUGAUGCAGGGAAUCGCCGCCGAACUGAUCGUCGCCACUGUGAGCAAGCACGAGCGAGCCGUAAGCAUGCUCAAAGUGGGCCUCCCGGUUCUCCGUGCUCUUUACGAGUCCGAGGAUCCGACGGUGAAGGUGCGAGCUCUCGUUGGAUUGUGCAAGAUCGGCGCGGCCGGAGGAGACGACGCCUCGAGAGCGACGAUGAAGGAGAAGGCGGUGCUGAGUCUGGCAAAGACCUGCAAGAGCUUCCUGCUGGAGACUGAUAAGUAUUCGGUGGAAAUCAGAAGAUACGCGUGCGAAGGACUCUCCUAUCUCUCCCUGGAUGCCGACAUCAAGGAAUGGAUCGUCGAUGAUUCUCUUCUUCUGAAGGCCCUCGUGCUGUUAGCCCAGAAGGCCGGUCCUCUCUGCGUUUACACCCUUGCCACCAUCUACGCAAACCUCUCCAAUGCGUAUGAAAAACCGAAAGUCGACGAGGAAAUGGUGAAAUUGGCUCAAUUUGCAAAGCACCACGUUCCUGAAACGCACCCGAAAGACACGGACGACUUCAUCGAGAAGCGUGUCCGAGCACUCGUGGAAGAAGGCGCAGUGCCCGCGUGCGUGGCCGUGAGCAAGACGGAAAGCAAGCACGCCCUGGAGCUCAUUGCGAGAGCAAUCCUCGCGUUCGCCGAGUACGAGGAUCUCCGCGGAAGGAUCAUCAGCGAAGGCGGCACGGUGCUCUGUCUCCGACUGACCAAGGAAGCGACGCCCGAGGGAAAGAUCAAGGCGGCGCAUGCGAUUGCGAAGCUCGGAUCGAAGGCCGAUCCGACCAUCUCUUUCCCGGGACAGCGUUCUUAUGAAGUGGUGAAGCCGUUGUGCGACCUCCUCCAUCCGGAAGUCGAGGGAAGGGCGAACUACGACGCGCUGCUCACUCUGACUAAUCUCGCUAGUGUCAGUGACUCGAUUAGAGCGAGAAUUCUGAAGGAGAAAGCGAUUCCGAAAAUUGAGGAGUUCUGGUUCAUGACGGAGCACGAGCAUUUGAGAGCCGCCGCCGCCGAACUGCUGCUCAAUUUGCUCUUCUUCGAGAAGUUCUUUGAAGAGACCGUAGCUGUUAGUUUUAGAAUAUAUUUGUUUCAAAUAAAAAUGUUUGAUUUCAGAAGGGAACAGAUCGCCUGAAACUGUGGGUUCUCUACUCGGCAGAAGUGGAAGACGAACGUCUUUCCCGGUCCGCCGCAGCCGCAUUCGCAAUGCUCACCGAGGACGAAUCGGCGUGUGCUCGGAUCAUGGACGAGAUCAAAUCAUGGCCGGAACUGUUCAAAGACAUUGCGAUGCACGAGGACGCCGAGACGCAAAGAAGAGGACUGAUGGGAAUCGCGAAUAUAAUGCUGUCAAGCAACAAGCUGUGCUCCGAGAUAGUCUCUUCCGAAGUGUUCCGAGUGCUCGUCGCAGUCACCAAACUAGGAAGCAUCAAUCACGACAGGGCCGGCUCGACGGAGCAGGCGAAGCGGGCACUCGCAGCCGCCGAGAAGUUCGGACUGAUCAGAGCCACCGAUCGGGAGCUCUACGAAAGACAGACGAAUCUGACCACCAUUCAAGAAUGA